AAUGCGCGAGACAACAUGUCUGGAGCGACUUGGCCUGGCUUUGAGAACCGCCAUAGCUUGUCUCAUCGUGAGCUUGACCACUCUGUACGGUCCCAAACAACUAAAACACUUCACAACGUUUCCAGCCUUUUCUUACCUGACCACAAUCUUAAUCUGGCUAUCCGAUGCUGAACCAACAUACGGCGAAGUUCUCAAGUGCUGUGUUGAUGCCUUCUACGCCACUUUUCAGACGAUGGCCAUUGUUCUAGUGAGCAUCUUCGUGGUUGGACCAUCCUCGCUAGGAAAUGGCUUGGUGGCUCCAGUUGCUGUGGCUGUAGCUUCGUUCAUCGUGGCUUUCCCAGCGUCCACGAGUCUCCUGACUAAACGAAUUGCCUUCGGGCAGAUCGUAGUUGUCUAUGUGACUUUUGUGGUGUUCAAUGGAGAGAUUGCUCAUGUUGUCAUGCUCCCCGUUCAUGUGGCGGCUAGUACAGCGCUUGGAGCCAUUGCUUCACUCCUCGCCGUGCUUCUACCUUUUCCAAGGCUGGCUCAUACUCAGAUGAGUAAGGGUUGCAAAUUAUAUGCUGAAAAUGCUCUUGAGAGGUUGAAUUUGUUCGUCGAGGUCAUGAUGGCUCGAGACAACACCACAGCUCAGGUUUUUAUCACAAAGGCCGCUUCAUUAUCUGCAGCAGCAAGAAACACACUCAAGAGCAUCAAACUCCACCAAGAGCGUAUGGUAUGGGAGCGACCAGAUACAAAAUUCUUGACAAGGAAGCAGAAGCAUCCUGAGGAGAAACUGCAAGCCACAGAGUUUCUGAUGAGGGGUAUGGAGAUGGCGUUGGGAUCUUGCAGUUCUUUUCCUCUAGGCAUGAGCCGAGAUGAACUGACACGUCUUUUAGAAGCUCCAAGAUCACAGAUUGCUCCUGAGUCAGCACCUACUCUCGACGGGCUGAGAUGGCAUCCUGAGGCUGCUUCUCUAUCUACCGCAGCUUUACCGGUUUGCUUCUUCCGGUACUGUGUGGAACUCUUCAGAGGUGAUUUCUUAUCUUUGAGACAAGACAGUAAAUGUGUAGAUAAGAGUAACACCGAGGAAGAAACUCACCAAGAAAACGAAGAAUUGUCCACGAGCAAAAGGGUUUUGGAUAUUCUCUGUGUCUGGAUGGCUAGAGAAAGGUUUGUUUUUGCAAUCAAGUGCUCGAUCUCUCUAGGCCUUGCGGUUCUUUUUGGUAUUAUGUACAAUAAAAAGAACGGGUACUGGUCGGGUCUAACCGUAGCCAUUAGCCUUGUAUCCGGUAGGCAAGCAACAUUAACAGUAGCAAAUUCUCGUCUACAAGGGACAGCCAUGGGAUCAGUCUACGGUCUAUUAUGUUGCUCUGUUUUCCAAAGAUUACAAGAGUUCAGGUUCUUACCUCUGCUUCCUUGGAUAGCCGUCACCGUCUUCAUGAGGCACAGCAGAGUCUAUGGCCAACCUGGAGGAGUUACGGCCGCCAUUGCAGCACUGUUGAUACUCGGAAGGAGAAACUAUGGAGCUCCGACUGAUUUUGCAAUCACUCGCAUCGUUGAAGCUUCAAUCGGGUUGCUCUGUUUUGUCUUUGGGGAGAUCCUGGUCACUCCUGCGAGAGCAACAACUCUUGCAAGAACCGAGCUUUCAAAAUGUCUCGAUGCGCUCUUAGAUUGCAUCCGGUCACUGGUUCUUUGCUCUGAGCAAAAGAGCCAGCAGAUGUCAGAUUUAAGAAGCAAGCAGGCGAAACUCAAAUCUCAUGUUGAAGCACUAGAGAGGUUUACAGCAGAAGCCAUGACAGAGCCUAAUGUUCCGUUCCUCCGCCCACUCAACGCGGUCAGUUACAGCAAGCUUUUGGGUUCUUUCUCGAAGAUAUCUGAUCUCUGUCUCUAUGUUUGUGAUGGCCUGACAAACCUAUCUGGAGCUCAACCUACGCUUGGCUUUCCUUGGGAUCACAUCACUCAUGACCUGAAAUCCUUCCAAGAAAAGCUUCAGUCUUCGGUGAAAUUCUUAGAAGAGACCGCAUCGAACAAGUCUACAGCAAGAUUUCAAAAAGAGUUGCAGAAGAGAAAGAUAUGCCAUGAUAUUGAAGCAGGAACAACAUCAAACGACAACCACUCAAACAUGGAGCUGGGUCCAAGCCAAGAUGAUGCAGAGAGGUUUUCAGUUUCUUUUGUAACGCUACUGAAGGAUGCAACAGACAAGAUAAGUGGUAGCACAGCUGAAGAGGUGAUGAAGAAUGAAACUAGUCUAUGUUUGAGCAGUCUAGGGUUUUGCAUUAGCAGAUUGAUGCAAGAAACAACAUGUAUUAUGACAGAAAUCACCCAUACAACU